AUGCAGCGGCAACAACAGCAGCAGCAGCAGCAACAGCAGCAGCAGCAGCAACAGGUGCCCGGCAGGUCGCGUGUACGUAGCAGCGCAUCACCUUGCCGCCUCUUCCGAUUGGGGUUUUUUCUGGUGCUGCUGUUGCUGCUGCUGCUGCUGCUGCUACAAGAUCUCGGCAGCAAAGCAGUGGCUCUUUCUCUUCGCCGCUGCCUCCCGCAGCAACAGCAGCAGCAGCAUCAACAACAGCAGCAGCAGCAACCCCUGCAUCUGCAAUGGGCCUUCACCUCUCCGCAUUUGCUGCACGGGAGGUGCUGGGGCUGCCGUACACCAGCAGCAGCAGCAACAGCAACAGGGCCUCAGGUGCUUAAGAAACUCCCGGGGGCCCCUCAGGUUGGUGGGGGGCCCCCUUGGGGGGCCCCCAAGGGCACGGGGAGGGGCCUGGGCCCCCCCCUGCAUGCGCUGAAGGGGUGGAGGGGGGCCCUCUUCGGCAGCAGAAGAAUUCGUAUUCAGAGUGAAGAACAGAUGGAGAAAGCCCUCGCUAGAGGAGUGCCCCUAGCGUCAAUGGAGGUGUGUGGGGACCUUCACUGUCCUCAGCCUCCUUUUAAUCCGGUGUUACUGCUGCGUCUGCAGCAUUUGCUGCAGCACCUUCUAAGCAGCAGCAGCAGCAGCAGCAGGGGUACAGAAGUUGCUCGUGCCUCUAUAACCCGAUGGCUAUGUGGGCGUAGCGACGACCCAGCAGCAUUUAAGAAGGGGGCUUCUGUGCUGCUGCAGCACUGCAGCAGCUUGCUGCAGCAGUACGUACACCCCGUUCUCUUGCUGCUCUAUAAGCGCCGCUUAUUAGGUGGGGGGCCCUUUGGGGCCCCCCACCUUUCUAGCUACGAGGGGGGCCCUCAUCUAUGGAGUGUUAGGGGUGUAGGAUGGGGCACUGACGGCCCCGGAGGCCCCCAGGGGCCCCCGGGGCCCCCCGAGUCUGUUGAGGAUGCUUUUAACGGUGUGUAUGGUAGCAGUGCAGGGGCAUUAAUAGGAGCAUUUGCGAUAAUUGCUUCAGGGCUGACGAGCCUUCACUCUGUUACCCUUGACAGCGCAGGAGGAUUUAUAAAAGAUCUUCCUUCUUUGUUUGAGUGUCUCCGUGCAUCUAUGUUGCUUCCGGGCUUGACCGGACCAGUGGUCCAUUUGCCCUUGUGGGGCCCCACAUGGGGGCCCCCCACCUCCCGUACAGGGGCCCCAAAAGGGGCCCCUACAUCCCCCAUGGGGCCCCAAGAAGGGGCCCCUGGUGGUGAUAAGGAGGCCCCUACUGGUGAUAAGGGGGCCCCUACCGGUGAUAAGGGGGCCCCUACUGGUGAUAAAGGGGCCCCUAGUGGUGAUAAGGGGGCCCCUAGUGGUGAUAAGGGGGCCCCUAGUGUUGUUGGGGGGGCCCCUAGUGUUGGUUAUGGGUCUGCUGCUCGUCGCCCUUUGUCUAUGUAUUGCCCUCUUGCUGCAUCUUCUUCUCUUCCUCGUUUCUCUCCUGAGCUUCCUUGUGCAUAUGUUACGGAGGGGCUUGCAGAUGCUCUUCUUUUUGAAGCUGUUCCCUACAGAAGUGCAAUUAGUGAAGGAGCUACACAUGUUCUUGUCCUGAGAAGUAGACCCGACAAAGCCCCCGUCGCUCGGCUCAAAGGAAUCGAAGCUGCAGUAAACAAAAAUUUUGUUUUAAUGAAAAGCAGAGAUUAA